GUGUUAAUUAUUUAUGAUGAUUCAAUUGUUGACAUGUUUGAACUACUAAUGUAUCAUGGGUAUAUAGAUGUCUACGUUGAACAUGAAUCUGAAAUUGAGAAACAAGUGACAAAAGGUGGGGCCUCUCAUGGGAAUAAUGGUUCAGUAAAUGAUGUUUUAAUGGUUGGUGAGACAGCGACAUGUAAUGUAAAUUUGCAUACAUCUAGGGUUGAUUUGGAAUGGGAAGACGGUUUUGGUUGUGUUAGCCAGGAGAUUCAAACACCAAUUGUAGGACAAAAUACUAGAAAUUGUGCACAAGGAAGAAUCGAAGAAGAUGUGAACAGUGGUGAUGAGUAUAUUGAUGUUCCUUGGUUAACCAACAAUGAGGAUGAGGAAUGGCAAGCAGCAAGGACUCAGUACAAGGAUAGUGUUAAGUUAUAUGGAGAUGAUGCUAAUAUAGAUAGGGCUUUGUUUGAUCCAACUGAAGCAUUUAUUGAUGAUGGCCUCAGUGACUUAAUUGAUUCUAAUGAUGAGGUCAGCUUUGUUACAACUAGUGAUGAUAGUGAGGCAGAGGAAGCAAGAAGAAGGCGAUCACUGCACAAGGUGUUUGAUGACUCCACUGUCAAUCCAAAGUUUGAAGUAGGAAUGAUUUUUUUAAGUAGGAAGCAGUUUAAAGAUGUUGUUCUAGCACGCUCUAUUUAUGUGAAAAGAGAAACAAUGUUGAAGAAAAAUGAUAAAAAAAGAGUUAGGGUUGUAUGUGUAGAUAACAAGUGCAAUUGGGCUUUGUUACUGUCCAUUGAUGGUAGGACAAAAAGCUGGAUGAUAAAAACUUACAAAGAUGAGCAUAAAUGUGGUUUGAGUUGCAAUAACAAGAGGGUUAAAUCAAGAAUUUUAGCCAGACACUUCAUUAAGACAAGGGGCAUUUCAGCCACUACACUUUCCCAAAUCAAUAUCCAAGAAGCAAUUCAUGAGGAACUCCAUCUUGAGAUCACAACGAGUCAAGCUAGAAGGACAAAACUAAUUAUUGUUAGAGAGUUUCAAGGCAACUGUGAGCAAGAAUAUAAGAAAUUAUUUGAUUACAUAUUAGAGCUACUGAAGAAGAAUCCCACUUCUACAUUCAAGAUUGAUGCAAGGAGGCCUACACCAGAUUCUAAACCUGUUUUUGUACGCUUUUAUGGCUGCUUUGCUGCACUGAGAGAAAGGUUUAUAGCUGGUUGUAGACCAAUACUUGGUCUAGAUGGUGCAUUUUUAAAAGGUCCUUGCAAGGUUCAAUUACUGUCUGCAGUUGGAAGGGAUGCAAAUAAUCAAAUGUAUCCAGUUGCUUGGGCCAUUGUGGACAGUGAAAGCAAAUGGACAUGGUUCUUGGAGUUUUUGAAUCAUGAUCUAAAAAUUGGUGAUGGAGAAUAUUAUACUUUUGUAUCGGAUCAACAAAAGGAACACAAGGGUAAGGCAUUGCAAAGAUGGUUUUGGAUCACUACCAAGUCAACAAAUGAAGCUGAAUUUAAGAGGAAUCUCGAGGAGCUUAAUAAAUGGAAGCCUGCUGCUAAAGAUUAUGUGAUGAAGCUGGACCCAAAAUUCUGGUGUAAGGCAUUUUUCGAUACCUAUGCAAGAUGUGAUGUAGUUGACAAUAACAUGACUGAAGCUUUCAAUGGUUUCAUUCUAGAUGCAAGGCAUAAGGGUCCUCUCUCAUUGCUAAAGGAUCUUAAAAGAAAGUGCAGCAAAAGGAACAUUGAAAAGUUGGAGUUUGCUGAGAAAAAAUUCCAAGGUGAUUUUGGUCCAAAGAUUUGGGAGAAGAUUGAAGACCAUAGAGACAAAAUGUCAAGAUGCCAUAUAAAAUCACAAGCAAGAUGGCAUUAUGAAGUACAAGAAUGGCCAUAUUCCUUUCUAGUCAAUCUUCAGGACCAAACUUGUAGUUGUAGAGUUUGGUAGCUCAAUGGUAUUCCCUGUUGACAUGGAAUGCUUGUCAUCCAGCAUAGGCACAAGAACUAUGAAGAUUAUAUGCACCCAUGGUAUAGAAAGCAAGCCUACAUUGACACAUACAAACAUGAAAUAAUUCCUAUUGAUGGAA